AUGGCUAAUCCGCAAUCAACAUACCCGCCAUUGGGUAUUCCAAUACCGAACGCUCAAAUAACUCCCAUACGAGACGUCUGGGCGCAAAAUCUGGAACAGGAGUUUCUGCUCAUUAUGGACUUGAUCGACCGGUACCCGAUCGUGUCUAUGGACACAGAAUUUCCAGGAGUCGUAGCCCGUCCGAUGGGUGUUUUUAAAAGCAGUGCAGACUACCACUACCAGACGCUACGUACGAACGUGGACUCGCUGAAAAUCAUCCAAAUUGGAAUCUCACUUUGUGAUUGGGAGGGGAAUUUCCCUUCAGAGGCUUUAGCAUGGCAGUUUAACUUCCAGUUCAGUCUUCAGGACGACAUUGGCAUCGACUUUAAGAAGCACCAAGAAUUCGGUAUCCGUCCGGUGGAUUUUGGCGAACUGCUCAUUGCAAGCGGUUUGGUGCUUUUGGAGGAGGUCACCUGGAUCACGUUCCAUAGUGGAUACGACUUUGGGUAUCUUCUGAAAGUAAUGACCCAGUGUCCCCUACCGUCCGAGUAUGAGGAUUUCUACAAGCUGCUUUGCAUCUACUUUCCCAACACUUACGACAUCAAAUACAUUAUGAAAGCCAUCACAAACACCCAGAAAGGUCUACAGGACAUCGCAGACGAUUUCCAGAUUACCCGUAUCGGCCCGCAGCACCAGGCCGGCAGCGACUCGCUGCUAACUGCCCAGACAUUUUUUGAGAUGUGUGCUCGCUACUACGACGGUAAGAUCGAUCCUAAUAUGCUGGGUCAGCUCUAUGGUUUGGGUACUGCAAACUCUUCGUUGCUGAUGAACACGCCUUCCACUCCUAAAACGCAAUUCCGCGACCUUCCCGGCAUUCAUCCCAGUCCUACCAUGGCCAACACUGCCAUUUCUGGCAGCCAAAUGCCGUCUUCCCACAAUCCUAAUCUCCCUCCCUCCUCCGCUACUCCCAUGUCUGCAUUCACAAACCCUCUGCUACGCUACACACAUCGCGUCUCCGACACUCGGAUUUCGUAA